AUGUCUACACUUGAGGAUCUUGAGGACCUUGAGCGCCACGAGAAGGACGAGAAGAAGGACGAGGACAAGAAGAAGGAUGGCGACGGAAAGAAGGCCGAUGGCGAUGCAGACAUGAAGGAUGCUGAGCCAGAAGAAGAGGAAGAGCAACUCGAUGAGGAGAUCCUCAACUCAAGCACACGAGACAUCGUCGCACGGCGGCGGUUACUAGAGAACGAUAUGCGCAUCAUGAAGAGCGAGUUUCAGCGUUUGACCCACGAGAAGGCGACAAUGAACGAGAAGAUCAAGGACAACCUCGAGAAGAUCGAGAACAACAGACAACUCCCGUAUCUCGUCGGCAACGUCGUCGAAAUACUGGAUCUCGACGUCACCGAGGAAGCAGCGGAAGAAGGUGCAAACAUCGACCUGGACGCGACUCGUGUUGGCAAGUCCGCCGUCAUCAAGACUUCCACGCGACAGACCAUCUUCCUGCCCCUCAUUGGUCUGGUCGACCACGAGAAGCUGAAGCCUGGUGAUCUCAUCGGUGUCAACAAGGACUCAUACCUUGUCCUGGACACGCUGCCCGCCGAGUAUGACAGCCGCGUGAAGGCCAUGGAGGUCGACGAGAAGCCGACGGAGAAGUACACCGAUGUCGGAGGCUUGGACAAGCAGAUUGAAGAGCUGGUAGAGGCUGUCGUCUGGCCCAUGAAGGAGGCUGAACGCUUCAAGAAGAUUGGCAUCAAGGCGCCGAAGGGUGCACUGAUGUAUGGUCCUCCAGGUACCGGAAAAACCCUCUUAGCUCGAGCUUGCGCCGCACAAACCGAUGCCACCUUCCUCAAGCUUGCUGGUCCCCAACUGGUACAGAUGUUCAUAGGAGAUGGUGCCAAGCUUGUCCGCGACUGCUUCGCCCUUGCAAAAGAGAAGGCACCUUCAAUCAUCUUCAUUGAUGAGUUGGACGCGGUCGGCACGAAGCGUUUCGAUUCCGAGAAGUCUGGUGACAGAGAAGUGCAGCGAACUAUGUUGGAGCUCCUAAACCAGCUUGACGGUUUUGCGUCCGAUGACCGCGUCAAGGUCUUGGCAGCGACCAACAGAGUUGAUGUCCUGGACCCUGCUCUGCUCCGUUCUGGUCGUCUGGACAGGAAGAUCGAGUUCCCCCUGCCCAACGAGGAGGCCCGCGCACAAAUUCUCCGCAUUCACUCGAGAAAGAUGACGGUCGAUGAGGGUGUCAACUGGCAAGAGUUGGCCCGCAGUACCGACGAGUUUGGUGGUGCGCAGUUGAAGGCUGUGUGUGUCGAGGCUGGCAUGAUCGCUCUCCGAUCAGGACAACAUAAGAUCAGCCACGAGCACUAUGUCGAUGCUAUCGCUGAAGUACAGGCCAAGAAGAAGGACACAGUUAACUUCUACGCAUAAAGUGGAUGCCUCAGUGGUGGGCCGCUUUUGUUAUGGUGAUUGCAUAUUCGCUAUGCCACUUCGAGUGUGUAAGAUCAAAUAGAGCAUCAGCUUGGCCUGCAAAUUUAAUGAUAUGGACACGUCAA